GAGAACACUAAGUUUAUUUGAAAUAGACUUUUUAUACAUUUUAACUUUGGUUUAUGUUAUAUUUUAUUCGCCACCCGCGGCCUUAGCCCCGGACAUUACAUUGGAACCAGGAGUGGGGUUGGUGAGCGAAGAAGUUAGGUAGGUGAAGGCAACAAAGCUUUACUGGACUAACAAUCAUACUUUUAAUAAUGGAAUUUACAACAAAAUGGAAUACCAUAUCGUUUGUGAAGCGAUGUUGGUUUUGUAAAUCUACAAACCACACCAAGCGACAAUGUGAACUAUUCAAAAAUGCCAGGUAUUUUUGUUCAAAAUGCCAAAUAUAUGGACACCGUGAUAGAGAUCACCAGGAAUUCCCGACAAUCCAGCAAAAUUUCGUGAGAUCAACCAAGUCUGCCUCUACACAAACAAAACAUUUAAAAUCAAAUGAACGAUCAAAGCAACAUAAUAAAUAUUGCCAAACAGCAACUGUAAACAUGGAUAUUUAUCAAUACAACAUGGACAACUACAAACGCAUAGAGAGUGAGUUAUAUGGAAAGAAGAAUGGAAAUCGACUAUACAAGGAACGGAUCAUGGAACUGGAAUCACAGAAGGAUAAAAAUUUGGCUGACACGAAAGCUCGCGACAAAGAGAUCCAAGAAUUGCGAAGGGGCUUACAGGAAUAUUCUGAUCGAACAACUAGGGAUGAUAAAACCAUUUCCAAACUGAAAUCUGAUCUGAUGGAUUCUGAGGUGAGAAUAAAUGUAUUGACAGCUUCCUGUGAUAAAUAUCUAAAUACGAUCAUUGAUAUCAGGAAUCAACUCAAGGAACAAUCCGAAAUAAUCGAAAUUUACAAAACAGUGAUAAAAACCCAGCAGGAGAAAUUGGAUCAAAUUAUUACUCGAACGGGGGCAACUGAAACUACAACAAUAUGGAAACAAUUAGGAGAACAUCUAUUUUGGAAAGGAAAGACACCAAAUCAUCACAAAGUGAUACUAUUUGAUGUUUGAUUUGAGGAUAUGUUUCGUCGUGACCUACAACUACAAGAGAUGUGUAUAACUUCUGCAACUUAUGCAUAUUUACUAUUUUAUGAUCAUCUUCACAACCUAAAACUGCAUUGAUGAACUGUAUAGAUGUGGCCAUGGUGCAAUCAUGACAUUCUCACAUAUUAGUAUAUAUUCUAUGAUACUAAUUGCCAAUUGUCUGUCAUGACAAUAGAUAUAUUGUUAGUGACUUGCCUUUUACCACAAUGUGCCAAUCAAACCUAUUGAGUAAUCAAUCUUUAUGGUGUAUUUGUCUUAAAUUGAUGUUUAUUUAUUAGCCAGUUAUGGUGUUCAUUUAAUUGCCUAUGGUGUUCAAGCCUUAUGGUGUAAAGUAACUAGCCUUUAUGGUGCUAAAGCCUUUUAUGGUGCAUAUA